CCCGGGGCGCCCGGGCCCGGUGGCGGGUCCGGGGCCCCCACUCACGCCCCCUCCCUCCGGCGCUGCAGGUCUCGGCGCAGAAGAUGGCCGGCGGCGUGGACGGCCCCAUCGGGAUCCCGUUCCCCGACCACAGCAGCGACGUCCUGAGCGGCCUGAAUGAGCAGCGCACGCAGGGCCUGCUGUGCGACGUGGUGAUCCUGGUGGAGGGCCGCGAGUUCCCCACGCACCGCUCGGUGCUGGCCGCCUGCAGCCAGUACUUCAAGAAGCUGUUCACGUCGGGCGCCGUGGUGGACCAGCAGAACGUGUACGAGAUCGACUUCGUCAGCGCGGAGGCGCUCACGGCGCUCAUGGACUUCGCCUACACGGCCACGCUCACUGUCAGCACCGCCAACGUGGGCGACAUCCUCAGCGCCGCGCGCCUGCUGGAGAUCCCGGCCGUGAGCCACGUGUGCGCCGACCUCCUGGACCGCCAGAUCCUGGCG